UAGUAUCACAAACUGACGGCAUCAUGGCAAGCCGAAAAGUUGUUCUAAAUCUUUAUCGUGAUUUGUUGAAAGAAAGCAAAAAGUGGGCGAGUUACAAUUACAGAGAGUAUGCUCUAAGAAAAAUACGGCACGAAUUCCGUCAAAACAAAGCCUUGGAAGACUCGACGAAAAUCAAUGAGUUUUACAACAAAGGACUAGAAUCUCUGGAAAUGUUGAAAAGACAAGUGUUGAUUGGCAAUCUGUACAAAACCGACAAAUUAGUUAUAGAAAUGAAGAACAAGUGAGAUCCCAGGACUAAUUGUUGUUUAAGUUCACUGAAUAAGACUGUAAAUAUAUUGAAAAUAAAACGAUAGGAUAUGGCACUCUCUGAAAAACUCGUCGUUCCUUUUUUAUGAAAAGUGAGCACAACGUUGUUGAUAUGAUAUUAUGUUUUAUUUGUUUUGUGAAUAGUUGUGACAUUUAUAGCUCAAUCAAAAAAUUUAUUAUAU